AUGCCUCCGGCCGGCGGCCCCCGAGCCCCGCGCCCGGCCGCCUGGCCCCGCAGCCUGUCCCGCCUGCGCCAGUGCCCGGGCCGCUCCCGCAUCGUGCUGGCGCUCGGGGCCACGCAGAUGGCGCUGGGAUGUGUCAUCGUGGCCGUCAGCUUCGCCGCCCUGGCGCUCACCACCUCGGCCCGCGUCCGCCACUCCUGCCCCUUCUGGGCCGGCUUCUCGGUGCUCCUGUCAGGACUCAUUGGCGUUGUUUCAUGGAAAAGACCGCUCUCCCUUGUGAUCACCUUUUUCAUGCUGCUGUCGGGUGUGUGUGUGAUGCUGAAUUUGGCAGGCUCCAUCCUCUCCUGUCAGAACGCUCAGCUAGUCAGCUCGCUAGAAGGCUGCCAGUUGAUCAAGUUUGACAGUGUGGAGGUGUGCGUCUGCUGUGAGCUGCAGCAUCAGUCUUCGGGAUGCAGCAACCUCGGGGAGACACUGAAGCUGAACCCCCUGCAGGAGAACUGCAAUGCCGUCAGGCUGACCUUGAAGGACCUCCUCUUCAGUGUGUGCGCCCUCAACGUCCUCUCCACCAUCGUGUGUGCGCUGGCCACCGCCAUGUGCUGCAUGCAAAUGGUGUCCUCCGAUGUCCUUCACAUGUUCUUUCCCCAGAGGUCACACUCGGCCAACCCUGCCUGCGUGACCCCCCAUGGCACCGUGAUCCACCAGAUCCUGGACUUCGACGAGUUCAUCGCACCCCUCCCGCCCCCACCCUACUACCCUCCCGAGUACUCCUGCACGCCCUCCUCUGACACCCACCGGGGCCUCCACCUGGACUUUGCCUCCUCUCCGCUCAGCACUCUGUACGACGUAGCCAUCAACAGCCCCAGCAUGCUGUACCCCGCCGAGCUGCCCCCGCCCUACGAGGCCGUGGUGGGCCAGACGCCGGCCAGCCAGGUGACAAGUAUGGACCACCAGGUGGUCCUGCCCAGCUCUGGCGACCAAGACACCACCGCUGACUUUAGCACACCAGUGCCAGCCAGCACCACCAGCCUACCCACCUCAGAUGGGGCCACCUCGCUGGGUCCAAGCCACACAUCCCCUGAUGAUACAGAAGGCACCCCGCCAGCCCCACCACCUGCCCCAGACCUCCAGCAUCUGUCCCCAGAAGCCACAGAUCUGAGCUCUCAGGGACCGCCCAGUUCCGGGCGUGUGGCCCGCUCGGCUAGUGAUCCCACUGCCUGUGUGUCCAGCAAGGCAGGUGAUGCCUCUCACCACCCCGCCUUGUGCAGCCAGGACCUGGAAACCACACCUUCUCGGGCCCCUCUGGGGACAGUUUCCACAUCUCGCUCUGCCAUGGCUGCCUGUCAGUACCAGCUUUCAACACCUGGCAACCCAGAUACCUGGAAAAUGGACCAACAGACCAAACCAGAGGCCUUACAAAUGGUCUCCAAAGACAGGCCGCCCUCUUUAGUAGACAGCAAGGCCUAUGCGGACACCAGGGUUUUGGUGGCUAAGUUCUUGGAACAUGCACACAGCGCCCUCCCCGCUGAGGUGCGGCAUGUGACGGGUGCCAUCCCACCAGUGGUGGCCUCUGAAGAGCAUCCGGCGGAGGAGGCUGUCUUCCGUGCGGGUGGCCUGGACCAGCUAUGA